CUCGUUACAGGAGGGAGGUUUUCCGUCGCGCCGCGUUUUAAACUUUCAGCAUCUCCGCAUCCUCAUCUUCAUCCUCCUCAUCUUCUUCAUCCUCAGCAUCAUCUGAUUCGGAUUCUCUCUGAUCAGGUUGCUGAACCCCAGUCGCUGCUUUGGUCUGAUUUCUCACCGCCGUGUUCCCGUCGCUUCCAUGGCGAGGCUGAAAUUAAAGGCACAGCGGAGCUCCUUCAUCAUCAUCUUCAUCAUCAGAGCAUCAGUGCGGCUGUGAGCAGUGACUGGACCUGAGUUUACAAGCGCAUCUUCGUUCUGGCAACCCUGCAGGAAUCAGGGACACCAAUCUGGCAACCGUUGUUCUGGUGCAGAUCGGGUUUUGUGUUUUCGCCCGGCUGCAGCAAGAUGGGCUCGAGCUUCAGGGGCGAGGAAAUGUGCCUGGCACAGCUCUUCCUGCAGUCCGCUUCAGCGUACGACUGCAUCAGCGAGCUCGGGGAGAUGGGCCUGGUCCAGUUCCGAGACCUCAACCCCAGCGUCAGCGCCUUCCAGCGUCGCUUUGUCAGCGAGAUUAAGAGGUGUGAGGAGAUGGAGAGAAUUCUGGGAUACCUCUUAAGAGAAAUCAAAAAGGCCAACAUUGCCGUUCCAGAGCCUGAAGUCAGUCCUGUAGCUCCUGCUCCCAAACACGUGCUCGAGAUCAUGGAGCAGCUGCAGCGUUUGGAGGUGGAGCUCAGCGAGGUGGCCAAGAACAAGGAGAAACUUCAGCGGAACCUUCUGGAGCUCACCGAGUACACACACAUGCUAAGGAUCACACACACCUUCAUGCAUAGCCGCUCCAGGCACGAGGCUCUGGGCCCGCAGUACGAGGAGUUCCCGUCUCUAGAGCCCGAGUCUGUGGCCGGCUACACCGGGAUGCAGAGACUCGGGGCCAAACUGGGUUUCAUCUCAGGGCUGAUCCAGAGGGUAAAGGUGGAGGCUUUUGAGCGUAUGCUUUGGCGAGUGUGUAAAGGUUACACGAUCCUCAGCUACGCUGAAGUGGACGAGAAUUUGGUCGAUCUCGACACCGGAGAGAUCAGUAAGAACGUGGUCUUCCUCAUCUCAUUCUGGGGCGAUCAGAUUGGACAGAAGGUUCAGAAGAUCUGUGACUGUUACCAUUGCCACGUGUAUCCUCACCCAGAGACAGACGAGGAACGAGCAGACAUAAUGGACAGCUUAAGGACACGUAUUCAAGAUCUUAAUAAUGUGCUCCACCGGACCGAAGAUUACCUGAAGCAGGUGCUCCACAGGGCCUCGGAGUCAGCGCACUCGUGGGUGCUGCAGGUGAAGAAGAUGAAGGCCAUCUAUCACAUCCUCAACCUGUGCAGCUUCGACGUCACCAACAAGUGUCUGAUAGCCGAGGUGUGGUGUCCCGUUAAUGACUUGACCAACCUGCGGAGGGCUCUGGAGGAGGGCUCGAGGAAAGGAGACGCCACAGUGCCGUCGUUUGUGAAUCGGAUCCCGAGUAAAGACACGCCGCCUACGCUUCUGAGGAGCAACAAGUUCACACGUGGCUUUCAGAGCAUCGUGGAGGCAUAUGGAGUUGGCGAUUACAGAGAGGUCAGUCCAGCACCGUUUACUCUCAUCACAUUUCCGUUCCUGUUCGCGGUGAUGUUCGGGGAUCUAGGACACGGCGCGGUCAUGGCGCUCUUCGCCCUGUGGAUGGUACUGAAAGAGAAAAACUACAAACGAAGACACCCAGGAAAUGAGAUGUGGAACAUGUUUUUCGAUGGCCGAUAUAUCAUCCUGAUGAUGGGUGCGUUCUCCAUCUACACGGGACUCAUCUACAACGACUGCUUCUCGAAAUCGUUCAACAUCUUCGGCUCGGGCUGGAGCGUCAAGGCCAUGUUCACGGAACAGCAGUGGACAAACGAAACCUUACUGUCGAACGCCUACCUGACUCUCGAUCCCAACGUGUCGGGAGUUUUCAACGGACCUUAUCCACUGGGCAUCGAUCCGAUUUGGAACAUGGCAGUAAAUCGUCUGACUUUUCUGAACUCGUAUAAGAUGAAGAUGUCUGUGAUCAUUGGAGUGUUGCACAUGAGCUUCGGCGUGGUGCUCAGUGUCUUCAACCACCUACACUUCCGCCAACGCUUUAAACUCUACCUGCUCUUCCUGCCCGAGCUGCUCUUCCUGCUGUCCCUCUUCGGGUAUCUGCUGUGUCUGAUCAUCUAUAAGUGGCUGUGUUUUUCAGCGUCUGAGUCUCGCUCAGCUCCCAGCAUCCUCCUGCACUUCAUCAGCAUGUUCCUCAUGCAGUCCGGCUCGGCCCCGCCCCUGUACCCUGGACAGAUGGCACUGCAGAUGUUCCUUCUGGUCAUAGCGUUGCUAUGUGUGCCCGUGCUGUUGCUAGGGAAACCGCUGUACCUCUACUGGCUCUAUCACGGCACCAAGGGCCUGGGAGUGCGCAGGGGUUAUGAGAGAGUUCGGCGUGUGAGCGAGGACGACCUGUCCCCAUCUGUAGUUCACGAUGAGGAGGAAGGACUGGAGGAUCACACAGGACGGGAGAGCAACACACACCAGUUUGACAUUGGAGAUGCCCUAUUAAACCAGGCCAUACACACCAUUGAAUACUGUUUGGGCUGCAUUUCAAAUACAGCAUCAUACCUGCGCCUGUGGGCCCUGAGCCUGGCCCAUGCACAGCUUUCUGAAGUUCUGUGGACGAUGGUUCUGCGUGUAGCGCUGAAAAUAAGCUCGCGACUUAGCGUGGUCUUCCUCGUUCCUGUCUUCAGUGUCUUCGCUGUCCUCACCGUCUCCAUCCUGCUGCUGAUGGAGGGACUGUCCGCUUUCCUGCACGCACUGCGUUUACACUGGGUGGAGUUCCAGAAUAAAUUUUACAGCGGUACAGGCAUCAAAUUCGCCCCCUUUGACUUUUCCCUCCUCCCCUCAGUCUUCGAGCAGGAUGGAUUACUGUGACAGGAACAGCUUGCUUUCCACCUCGUUCAUCCUGCCGUUCUGUCGCUCAAAGGCCUCAACUCAGCCUGAGGAAAGAAAGAACCCGGACGCUUCGUUUAUGUCUUUUUCACACUUUUUAAAUCUGUCACAAGUCCAUCUUUGGUUCAUCUUGCCGUAUCAGCCGUGUAUCAACGCUGGUUCCGUCUGAGCCCUCAGUCUGUUCUGUUCCUCUUUACACAGUAACCUUGGAUUCAUCACCUUUACUCAGUUCCGUCAUAUCAGAGGUUAAAAGUGCCAUCAAGUAUUUUGCAAUAGACAGUUUUAUACGUACUGAGAACAUGACAGUUAGCUGUGAAUAAUUUUAAACACACAACACACAUACAGUACAUCAAGAAAUUUUGUAAGUAGAAAAAAGUCAUACAGCAUUAAGUGUAUGGAGUUCACUUCCUGUUUAAAGUAGCACUCCAUCUAUCCAAUGGCAGAUGUGUACAACAUGGAAAUUAUAGUUUAUAAACCAAACAUAAGGACUGCUAUUACUACAUUUUGCUAGCCACACUUGAAGAUUUACAAAUCAGACUAUCCCAUGGUUGAUUUUUUGUACAGUUUUAACAGGAAAAUAAAUAUGUGCAUAUGUCA